AUGGCGGCCGGCCCGAUAGCUGAAAGAAAUCAAGGUUUGUAAAAUAAUGGUAGUCUUUACACUACAUCCCAAUGUUUCAAGUCAAGUAUUUUCUUUCGUACGAAUACUGAACGAUUCAGAAACAAGCGAAGCAAAGUAACUUAAGCUACUCGAUUGAAGACGAGGUGGCGCUUUCAUUGCCGACAUUAGUUGUAGUCGUAAACAAAUUUUGAUGUAUCGCCGUGGCUCUUUAGUCGUAAAUCAAAAGAGCGUGUUCCUGUCCGAGGCCUCAAAUCUGAUAAGCUACUUGAUUCCUUAUGGUAACCCAAUUCGAGGAUUCCCAAACGCAAAAGCGGCGGAGUAGUUCGCAUCUGAAGUACAAAGAAGAGAGACCAGUUUAGUUUGAUUGCCAACCGAAGAAAGCGCAAGUCAGCUAAAUCGGUUAUAAGGAUGGUUUUCAAGUUACUUGACAGCCUGGUGCUAAGACUACCAAUGUUUUUUCGCUCUGUUUAGGUACCCGGUAGCUGGAAAUUGUUUUCAAAAUACUAGAUACUUGUACCCCUGGUAUCCACGUCCAAUAAAAAAAAAAAAAACUCAAAACUCUGAAUCUGCAGCACCCUUUUUGGCAGAUUUCUUUGCUGUCAUCACACAACUAUGUUGUCAAAGAUCAUUGUUUCAUUUAAUAAUAGCAAUCAUUGGGACUUUGAUUUCAUUGGAAAUACCCAUACAGAGUCUUAUUAUGGCUACAUUCAGGUGUUCAAGCAUUAUAUGUAUGUAUUCUUUUAUUCUAACAUAUCAAUGAAGUUGACUGAUUUGUUGUUUCUAAGAUGCCACAAUAUAUGUUGGAGGACUGGAUGAAAAAGUUUCAGAGCCUCUUCUAUGGGAACUAUUUCUCCAAGCAGGGCCAGUUGGUGAGUUAGAAAUACAGUCGACUCUUUCUUAACGGACACCUCUAUAAGACGGACACCUCUGUAAAACGGACACUUAGAGUUGGUCCCUGCCUUUCUUUACUAAACUUAGUGCCGGUCCCAAAGGUGUCCGUCUUAGAGAGAGUUGACUGUACACUGCAAAACAAAGACCUGGGGCAGUUUUGAGGGUGUACUUGAAUAAUAAAAAGCCUGCCUAACCCAUUGCAUGCAUGCAAUACAAUUCUCAUACACUUUUAUAAUGAUCUGGAAAUGAGUUACAACUUUGGUACCUGUAGAACUUACAUAAUGCUCUUUGAUGCAUUCAACAAUAAUAAUUAUCAUUUUAAUGACUGUUAAGAAAAUUGCAUGUUAAGUUAGAAGUGCAGAAAAGAAUGCUGCUCAAUUAAAAAAAACUUUGUACAUUGUUCUAUUUAAAACUUAAUGUAACUGUAUGGUAUAUUAUGUACACAUCUUACUUUAUGCCUGGUAUAUUCUUUAGUGACUUGUUUAAUGCAAACAUAAUAAGUGGUUAAAUUCUCUAUUUCUGUCAGUGAAUGUCCACAUGCCAAAAGAUCGCAUCACACAGCUUCAUCAAGGUUAUGGAUUUGUUGAAUUCCUUGGUGAAGAGGAUGCUGAUUAUGCUAUUAAAGUCAUGAACAUGAUCAAAGUUUAUGGAAAACCAAUCAGAGUGAACAAGGUACAUUUGUUAUCCUCAUUGUACAUAAUUACAUUGUAUUUCUGCUGAGUUCAUACUAACACCGUAAUUACCAAAAUAUAUAAUACUGUAAGCGCAAGGACUGUGGAAUGCAAUGUAUAUGGCCUCAUUUUUUCUUGUCUAUUUUAGAAAAAAUGGACAUUAAAACUCUAAGUUAACUUCUAGUGUGACUCGUGGGACUGCUGCUUUGGAAGACUCAGAGAGCAGUUCUACGUGUAAUAUAUUCAAAAAUAGUUGGUUACAUUUUGGUCUGCUCCACAGCCGUUCUUUGUUUCAUCAUUUGUUCUGUUUUAAAUCUAUCAAGUACCUUCAAUUUAAAAGGAAUUCUGUUCGAAAAUGGUACAAGAGUAAAUCAAUCAAAGUCAAGCCUCAAAUUUUCAGCAAAACCAGUCAAACAAGGAUUUUAUGACAGUCUUUACUGUCGUGUUGAAGCUGUAUGUGAGUUCACACCUGGUGAAGUUAUCAGGAUUUAUCUGCUGCCCUGGGCCAGGUGGUUCAAUGCUGGGUUAAGAUAACCCAGGGUCAGUGUGAAAUUUGAACUUAGAUAUGAGAGCUUAAAAGGCAAAUCCAGUUUAAUUCUCUUUGCCUACAAUUUGAUGAUUGGAUACUCUAAAAAGAAUAGAGAAAAUUGUCCGAGAGAGUGUUUUUGAUAAAAAGAAACUCGGGUUGAAAUGUAACCCUGGGUUAGGGCUAAACGGCGUUCAAACAACUGGGUCCAGAAAGUCAGAAACAAAAAUGUAAGGACAAAGACCCCCAAACUGUACUUAAGUUUGAUAUCAUAUAUAUUUUUUCUCAUCCUUGGCCAUCACUGUGAGUGUUAUACUCAUCAGGUAUUAAGAUAUUUAAUUUUCAACUGAUUUGUUUCCAGGCAUCAGCACACAAUAAGAACCUUGAUGUUGGUGCCAAUAUCUUCAUUGGAAAUCUUGAUCCAGAAAUUGAUGAGAAGCUGUUAUACGACACAUUCAGUGCUUUUGGAGUGAUCCUUCAAACCCCAAAGGUACCAUCAAACGUAUAGUAUAUACCUAAUUCAAAAAAAGGUUCCUUCUAGGCAAUUGGUCAUUGUCAAUAAUAUUGGCCAUUGAGUAUUUGGGCAUACAGAUCUCGCAGCAAUAAAUUGCUUCAUUGACCACCAAACAAUGGCUUCCAUGUGCAGAUCUUUAUUGAAUCAGGUUUAUACUCACUCUAUCUGUACAUGUAAUAUACAGAUUUAGCCAAAGCUAAAAGCGAAGCUGUGUUUUAUUCAUUUUAAAUUUACUGCAUACAAUGGACUUUAACAUUACUGGAAAACCGUAAGACUGAAAAACAUAAACUUGAGCCCAGGAUGAAUUGAAUUAAAAGCUAACAACUGGUCACUUUUUGAUAAUUUAAUAAGGGGUGUACUUGAUUCAUUGUAUUCUGGUCAGUGCAUAAAGAAAUGUGUAUAUUCAAACUUACAGUCAAACUUACUCUGUAAUAACAGUAGCCAGGCUGUUUACAAGGUCACCCCCAUCCUUUGUUUCAAAGUGAGGCUACAUGUAAUCGCAAAGCUACCGUAAAAUUCCGAAAAUAAGCCCCGGGGCUUGUAUUUUUCAAAGGCCCUUUUUAAGGGGCUUAUCUAUAGACGGAAAUUUACGUUUCAAAAUCGAUUGGGCCAGCCUUAUAGCUGGAAGUAAAUUUACUGUUUUUGCUUUGUUUUACUUUGUAUUUGAGGGCAAUUUUCCAGGCACAAGCCCUCAAGGGGGGCUUAUAUUAAUUUUGGAGAGGCGAUUUAAUGGAGGGUUUUUGUGUUACCAGUUUGGGGGGCUUAUUCUUGGAGGGGCUUAUUUUCAGAAUUUUACGGUAUUGAUUUAACAUCAUGAUUUAUCUUUAAAUUUUCAUGCAAACAAUUAUUACUCAUUUUUACUGUAGCAUCAUUUGGAAAGUAAGAGGUUUUGUAACUCGACAAAUGGCCUAUUGUUUUCCCACUGAAGUGGAAUUGGCAUAGAGCUUUAUUAUUUUAUUUUUACCAGAUUUCUAGAUUUAAAGAUUAUUCAUAAAAUGCCAAAACAUUAAUUUAUUUAUACAACAGUUCGUUCCAUAAAAUCAAUCAAUCAAUCGAUCAAUCAAACACUUUAUUUAACUUGUAAUAAAUUGAUAGCAAAAUCGCUAAUGUUGCUAUUGUUAUUUAAGUAGUACAAAAAGUUUCCAUGUUUGCAUACAUGUAGCCUGAUGUAAACAUGAGAGGAGUUGGGAGAAUUGGAGACAGUUAUGCAAACUCGGGACAAAGUCAAGGGUUUGCAUAACUGUUGAGAAUUCUGGCAACCAUUCAAAUCACUGCAUCUCUCCUAAGUUGAAUUUGUCAGAUAUAUAGUGUAUGAAUUCACAGAAUUGCCAACCUCAAAAAGGCAAAAAUCUUUGUUUUUUUUUUUAAUCUAUUUUGUAAGGCUCAUAAAAAUGUGUUUUGUCCUGUAUGGCCUCCUCAUCUCCAAUUACAUUUGUAUGGAACUUUACUUGUUUUGACCACUUUUUGAUUUCCUGAAGGAGGCAAAGCAUUUUAAAAGCAAAUUCCUAUGCAUAGCAGAUGUGCACACCAUGAAGUUAGUGUUCAGAUUGGACCAGCUAAAGUGAAAUACACUAAACUUAUUUAUUAUGAAAACACCAAUCAAAUACCAGGUGAGCUUUCGCGUGAAAACUUGGUAUCUUCACAUGUGAAAAUAACAUGUUAUCUUCACAUGUGAAAAUAUCACCAUUGCUAUGGCUACGUAAUAAACUGCGCCUUUCACACCAAAAAACUAUUAAAGUGAAAUGGUUUGGUAGUUCAUUGCUGUGCUCACUCGUGAAAUAUUUUUUAGCAGUCGAAGAGAAAUUGUGUAUCUCCGCGCAGCCAUGUAAUAUCCUCCAUGUAUGUACAGUGUUCACACCAGAUGUGGUCUUCUUUUUUAGAUAAUGCGUGAUCCUGAAACAGGCAACUCCAAAGGUUUUGCAUUCAUUAACUUUGCAAGUUUUGAGGCAUCGGAUGCAGCUAUGGAGGCUAUGAAUGGACAGUACUUGUGCAAUCGACCAAUCACAAUAUCUUAUGCAUUCAAGAAAGAGUCUAAAGGAGAAAGGCAUGGAUCUGCAGCAGGUACUUGUAAAUCAAUCAUAAUGUACAGCAGUCCAUAAGUUGUAUACUUUACUGUCUUUUAAUAAAAUAAUUAACAAUUAUUGGACAAGGUUGAGCAAAAUAUCACAUGAUUAAUUUGUCAUUGUUUGCUUCAGCCUUCAGCUUUGGCAAAUAAAAUUAAUGAUCUGCGAGACACUGACAAAUCACAAUAUAUUGUGUUAGCUGAGUCUAUUGUUUUAUCAUUCAAUCACUGAAAUUGUUUUUUUUUUAUGAAUAUCUUCUGGAAGCAAAGCAAUCCACAUUUUCAUGCAAGAGUGAUUGCAAGAAGGAGAAAAGCUUUCAUUUAUGCAUGAGCAGAAUAUUACUUACAGCCAAACAAAGUUGGGCAACAUUGCACAUGAGCAGACCAUUAUUUAUAGGCAGUUAUUUGCAGGUCACGUGGUGGGCUUUCGGCCAAUAAAAAGGAAGAAAAAUGUGCAACAAUUGAUAAUACAGUGUGUCAUGUGUAUGCUAGAGGUUGAAAAAUGCAGGUUAAUUAGCAAUAAAUUAUUAUUGGAUAAAGCUGAGUACAGCUUCGAUAAAUAGUGAAGAGUAAUGCCAGUCAAGGAGAGUCAUUAUCAAUUGAGUCUGUAUUUUUUAUAUCCUCAGGUAAGUUAUUCCAAAGUUCUGAGGCAGCAACAGAAAAAGCUCGUUUACCAUACGAAUUGAGAUUAAAAUAGGGUUUGACUAAUAAAUUUCUAUUAGAGGAUCUAAGAUUGCGGCUGGAUGUAUACAAUUGAAGGAGUUCCUGUAUAUAGAUUGGAGCUCGAUCAUGUAGUACUUUGUAUGUAAUUAAUAUAAUUUUAAAUUCAAUACGAAAGGAGACAGGGAGCCAGUGAAGAUCCCUCAGGACUAGAGUAAUUAGAUUCAUGUUAUUUCUAAAAGUCACAUGUAUAGUAUAAUAUUCUCAUAUUAUUCUGAGCACACUGUGCGACAUACAAAGCAUAAUUAUGGAGGUUUGACAUUAUUUUGAGGCCAUGUUUUAUCAUUGUAUCAAUAAGUUGUUCAAAUUGCAUUUAAACACCAGUGGCAUCAAAAUUAAUGAGUGUUUCCAUGGCAUGACAAUAGGACUCUCUGAUAGCCCUGAGCUACUUGUAAUGGAGUGACUUGUUGGACUAGCAUGUACAGAAUAUGUUGAAAUAAAUUUGUAUUGGUAAAAUGGGGUUGGUAGGCCUGCAUGACUGCUCCAGGGUAGUUAACUUCAGCAGCAGCUUGCCCUUUGGGUUUCCUGUUCAAUGUGGCAGUACAGAUAUAUUGUUACCUUAAGAGAGGUGUACAUGCUGUUUACAUGAACAUGUAAUUUCUAAUUUGCAAUAUAUUAUAUUUGCUUUCUAAACAGAGCGCCUCUUGGCAGCCCAAAAUCCUCUUGCUCAAGCCGACCGACCUCAUCAGCUGUUUGCAGAUGCACCGCCCACUCCUGUGGCAGCUGCUGUACCCCCAGCACCCCCAGCUGUUAUGCCACCUCCAGUAAUGACAGUACCAGUACCCAGCACUGUACCCAGUAUGCCUCCUAUGCCGGUAUCAGGACCCCCAAUGCCACCUGUUCCACCAGGCAUGCCUCCUCCAGGUAACAGCUGUCAACUGUUAAUUUUCUUUGUAUAUACAAAACCCUUUUAUUUCCAGCAGUUCACUACUUUCUACUUUAUUUUAUUUAUUAUACACUUACAAUGUACCAUACAGUGUACUGCCAGAGAGAAAAAAAGUAAGUCAGAACAUUCAGCUGUAAUGUUAUUUGCUUUGAUUUUUUCUGGAAUUGUAACUGUAGCAUUUUUGGCUAGAUUAUCAUAAAACUAUAACACUUCCAUCGACACAAUAAUAGACCAAUUUCAUUUAAUUCAUUGGCUACGAGGCUUGGAGAAAUAAAACAGAAACUGCUGAGCUUCAACAUGAUUUCAUUUCUUUUGUUCAGCCAAGCCUCGUAGCCAAAUAUGAAUUUUAAUAUAUCGCAAUUGGUCUUUUUUUUCUUUUUACCACAUAGGUAUGCCUCCUCCUGGAAUGAUGCCACCACCUGGUUUCCCGCCACCUGGAAUGUUUCCACCCAGGAUGCCUGGUAUUCCACCACCGCCUGGACAGCCUCCUGAUCAACAUCCUCCCCCACCACCACCAGGUCAAAUGCCACCACCUCCUCCCCCCAUGGGAGGGCAGUUCCCACCACCACCCCCUCCAAAUAUGAUGCCACCUCAGGUGAGUCUUCUACACACAGCUGUUUUUGUGUUUGUUGUCACGCAAUGAUCCUUCCCAGGAGUGUUGUGUGACAACACCAAAAUGGCUAGGGGAGGGAGUUACGUACAAAAUAAUUACGUAAAAGUUAUCGGGUUAGUCUGUGCUGCUUUAUCAGUGUGGGAGGAAAAAAUAAUUUUGGGAACAAGUGUGGCAACGUGCUGUGAUCUGCCUGAGGCCCUAAAGAAAAUUCUUAAAUGUUAAAUGAGUGUUUGGAAAACAGAUCAUGUUCUUAUUUGCAUUUUAGUUUGUUUUUUCUUGUUUUUUUUUUUUUUCUGAAAUAAUUUUUUUUCAGGAGAAAUGUUUGACAUUUUACACUAAAUUUCUGGUCACAAUACAUAAUGUACAUGUAUGAAACUCCUUGAAAUUCAUCAAAACUACUCCUCUGCAUGUCAUAAUUUCAUAUUUCUUCUCAAUGUUUGAUCCUGUGAUGUAUUAGUAACACUGUGUUUCAUAUUUGACAUAAAACUACUUGACUCCCGGCUGGCUCUUUGGACAACCAGCUCUUACAUUAUUUUUGCUUGCCUAUGGGGUUGAGUUGCAUUCUUGGUAUAGUACACUUUAUUGUUUGUAAAGCUGACGUGCCUUGGCCCUUGUCCAUCUGCUGAGCUUAGGGGUAUAGAAUGGUAAAUGUGAGACUUUGCGAGUCUGUGAGACCCAGGUUUCAAGAUUCGAGACUGAGAUCGAUACUCUCUAAGAUGCAAGAUCACCCAAAAAAGAGAUUUGAGACCCAUCAAAAACACUUCUAAAAUUUUGAGAUUGGGCCAAAAUUUUCCGAGACCCACGUUUUUCAAGGAACCAUUCUAUACCCCUAAGCUUGAAAAUUGACUUGCCCGUCAAGAAAGUGUACUUGUCCCAGAAAAUCCAGAGAGCACUUGCCCCUGAGGACCUGCUUUAGUGAAGAUUUGAAUGUAAUCUGUAACAUUUUCACUUAAAUGUUUUUUCCAUCAGCCUCCGCUAGGCCAUGGUCCUCCCCCCGACCAAGGCGGGAUGCCACCCAGACCUCCUAUGCCAUUCCAUCCUCCUCCUGGUGGUAGACCACCCAUGAUGCGUGAUAUGGGACCACCUACCGGUAAUAUACCAAGUUUGUUAAGUUCCGGGCCCCAGCCACUGAUGCAGACACCUAUCAGAAUGCCGCCUGGAGGUGAGUAUAGUCUGACAACUUGCUCUCAAUAAAGCACAGUGCUUGCUUGCAAGCUUGAUUGUGUAAGAGGGAGAAAAAAACCGUUGCUUCUACCAAAGCUCUAAUUUUGCACAUGUACAUAUGGCCCCUUGUAAGGGAAUCGUGGAUUCUGGAUUCCAUGCAAUGGAUUCCGGAUUCCAGGUACUGGAUUCCGGAUUCUUUGUCAGUGGAACUGGGAUUCUGGAUCCCAAUCGCUAGUGAGAUCUGAGUUCCUAGAGCUGAAGUCCGCAUUCCAAAGCCCAAGAUUCCGGAAAAUUCCACACGAAACAUUUCCCUGAUUCUGAGUCCACAGGCAAAUAUUUCUCAGAUUCCUGAAUCCGGAUUCCCUUACAUGGCAUUAAGGCGAUGCAAAAGUCCCUUUUAUGUUAUAUUACACGUGAUCUUCUUUUCUGUGAAUUAUUUUUUGUGUAAAUCCUCAUAAUCAACUCCAUCAAAAUCUCUCUUUUUCAGGUCCUAUGCCUCCUGGUGGACCGCCAAGGUUUCCGCCUCCUCCACCUCCUCACUGA